GAGCCAGAACCUCCACAGAUUAAGGAGCAGCAGGAGGAGCACUGCAUCGAGCUCCCAGAGCAACAUUUUCUUAUUGAGGAUGAGUUUCCACCUGAUCAGCAGCUCAUGAACCUUGAGAGGAACCCAAGUCUGGACCAAGAGGAGCAAGAACCUCCACAGAUUAAAGAGGAGGAGGAGCACUGCAUCGGUCUGGAAGUAGAGCAGCUCGUACUGAAGCAGGAGGAUCAAUAUAACGUUUUGUUGAAUCCUACUCUCAAGGAAAGUGACCACAGUGAACCAGAACCAAGUGACCACCAGCUCCUCUCCCACAGCUCAGCUCAGAGCCAAGAUCUCAAUGGACUCAAGCAUGGAAACUCAAAAUCAGUUAGAAAUGCAGAGCAGGCAUCAGAAAAGGGACAUCAUGUCAUCACAAGAGCAAAAGGGAGGACAAGUCCCAGUAACCUUGCAUGUAGCACUACCAUGUCAAAGAUUGUGCUGAAUAUCUGCAAGAGUAAAAAGGUUUUCCUGUGUGACACUUGUGGAAAAGUCUUUAAGUGUAAGUCAGGAUUAAAUAGACAUAUGAGACUCCACACAGGGGAGAAACUGCAUUCUUGCGAAAUGUGUGGAAAAAGUUUCACAACUAGCACAAGUUUGAAGACGCACAAGAGAGCACACAUGGGUCAGAAACUUUUUCCUUGCAUAACUUGUGGGAAAAUUUGUACGAGUUUAAAUGACCUGCAGAUCCACAAGAGAACUCACAUGGGUGAGAAACCUUUUUCUUGCAAUACUUGUGGGAAAAGUUUUACGCGUGUAGAUCACCUGGAGAUCCACAAGAGAACGCACACGGGCGAGAAACCUUUUUCUUGCAAAACUUGUGGGAGUAGUUUUAACGAGAGAACUGCCCUGAAGAAACACGAGAGAACACACACGGGCGAGAAACCUUUUACUUGCAAAACUUGUGGGAGAUGUUUUAGCGAGAGAAAUACCCUGAAGAAACACGAGAGAACACACACGGGCGAGAAACCUUUUACUUGCAAAACUUGUGGGAGAAGUGUUAGCCGGAGAAAUACCCUGAAGAUUCACGAGAGAACACACACGGGCGAGAAACCUUUUUCUUGCAAAACUUGUGGGAGAAGUUUUAGCUGGAGAAAUACCCUGAAGAUUCACGAGACAAUGCACACGGGGGAGAAACCUUUUAUUUGCAAAACUUGUGGAAGAAGUUUUAGCGAGAGAAAUCACCUGAAGAGUCACAAGAGAACGCACACGGGCGAGAAACCUUUUACUUGCAAAACUUGUGAGAAAAGUUUUAAAUGGGGAAGUAGCUUGAAAUUCCACAUGAGAAGCCAUACAGGUGAGGAGUCGUAUCCAUGUACAACUUGUGGGGAAAGAUUUGUUAUCAAAACCCUUCUAACAAAACAUUUGAGUACCCACACAUAGUGAAACAGAUAUUUUUGUAAAAUUGAGGGAAGAUCUCUGACUUGCCAGUUUAUACAAAGUCCACAGGAGAAAUCCUCCAGUUGAGAAGCCACACCAUGGCAACACGAGAGGGAUAAGAUUUGCUCAAGGGUUGUCAAAGAAGUUGUUACUCAGUUAAUGAUUCAUUGAUUAGGGAUACAACAGUUGGCGAAAACGACACUGGAAAUGUUUCCAUGGGACCAAAAAAGUGAUGAACCUUGUUGUAGUUCAAUGCUUUAUGAAGUUCCAUCACCACUGAUGAGUAGCAGACUUCAAUAACUUCACAAAGCAUUGAACUACAGCCAGGUUCAUCACUUGCAGCUACACAAGAGAGAUUGUGUACAUUUGCAUUAGCUGCAUCUCUGCAACUGAAUGUGGGAAUUAUCCCAUUGAGGAGACAUCACAAUAUCUUUGAUGGUCAACCACAUAUGCUGAAGUACCCACGUUUCUGUUCUUCAUGUGACUGUCAUUGAUAUCUACAUCUGCAAAGGAAGUGAUGUUUUCACCCAUGUCUCUUUGUUUAUUCAUUUGUCAGCAAUUUAUACCAAAUGGUGCAGGAAGGGGACAGGGGUGAGAGACAUUGAUUGGGUUAAAGUGACAGAUCCAGGAUAUGUUAUUAUCACUGAAUGUUGAGAGAUGUUGUCAAUAUGUCAGGAAAGACUGGAUCAAAAUGUAAAAAUCUGACACAUUUGUGGUACAGAGAUUUAUAAUAACACAGUAUGUGGUGCAGAUUAUCAGAUGACUUCCCUUUUUCUUUUCUCUUUAUUUUACAAAGAAGAAAAUAUGUUGUUAAUGUGUACACAGUCCUAAAUGACUGUCACUGUAAAUGGUUAUUCUUGUUUACGUGUAUUCAAUACUUCAGUGCAUUUGCAGUUCAUUAAAGUUUCUUGAAUUAUGAUGAUGUAUUUUAUAUCUGUCACACGUUGAAUCUGUGUUUGUCUGUGUGGAGAAAAAUUCCCCUGACUAGGUGUCUCACUGCUAUGACCUUGAUAAACAGGAUGGAACCCUUAUUUGGUGAUGUUUUUCUUCCAACUGGUACCGCGGACGGACGGACACAGCAGAUAACACACAGAGGAGGAUCUCAUGUCUUCUUCUUUCUCAUAUCAUGUCUUAUGAAACUCCUCUUUGUAUAAGUUCUGGCUUUUGUGAACUUGCGGCCAGUUGUUCCAUUUUGAGUACACCUGCUUGUUGUAUAAACCCUGCAGAGCUUAUUAUUAUAAAGACUCAAAAGCAA